AUGUCAGGAAAGAGAACAACUGGAUCUGUGCGAAUGCUUCGCGAUGAUGAACGUGAUUUGCCAAAGAGCGAGUGGUUCCACAUCGUGCUAGUUGCUUUGGUUGUUACCAUUUGCUUCAACAUUACUGUGCUUUCAUACAGAUACUAUGCAGUUAUUCGGCGAGAAAAGUUGGACAGGCAGCAAAAAAGUAAGGAGCAAGUCGCGGAACAAUGGUAUCUGGAGAAAGAAGUCAUCAAGAAAGAAGCAGAAAAUCGUCGAAAGAAGAGAGAAGCCGCCAAAAAACUUCUAUAG